AUGGUUCCUGAAUGUUGUGCCCCUCGACCCAUAGUCUGCUCCUUCUUCAGCCUGCUCCUUCUUCAGCCUGCUCCUUCUUCAGUCUGCUCCUUCUUCAGUCUGCUCCUUCUUCAGUCUGCUCCUUCUUCAGUCUGCUCCUUCUUCAGUCUGCUCCUUCUUCAGUCAGCUCCUUCUUCAGCUCCUUCUUCAGUCUGCUCCUUCUUCUGCUCCUUCUUCAGCUCCUUCUUCAGUCUGCUCCUUCUUCAGCUCCUUCUUCAGUCUGCUCCUUCUUCAGUCUGCUCCUUCUUCAGCUCCUUCUUCAGUCUGCUCCUUCUUCAGCCUCUUCUUCAGUCUGCUCCUUCUUCAGUCAGCUCCUUCUUCAGUCUGCUCCUUCUUCAGCUCCUUCUUCAGUCUGCUCCUUCUUCAGUCUGCUCCUUCUUCUGCUCCUUCUUCUGCUCCUUCUUCAGCUCCUUCUUCAGUCUGCUCCUUCUUCAGCUCCUUCUUCAGUCUGCUCCUUCUUCAGCUCCUUCUUCAGUCUGCUCCUUCUUCAGCUCCUUCUUCAGUCUGCUCCUUCUUCAGCUCCUUCUUCAGUCUGCUCCUUCUUCAGUCAGCUCCUUCUUCAGUCUGCUCCUUCUUCAGCUCCUUCUUCAGUCUGCUCCUUCUUCAGUCUGCUCCUUCUUCAGUCUGCUCCUUCUUCAGUCUGCUCCUUCUUCUGCUCCUUCUUCAGUCUGCUCCUUCUUCAGUCUGCUCCUUCUUCUGCUCCUUCUUCUGCUCCUUCUUCAGCUCCUUCUUCAGUCUGCUCCUUCUUCAGCUCCUUCUUCAGUCUGCUCCUUCUUCAGUCUGCUCCUUCUUCAGCUCCUUCUUCAGUCUGCUCCUUCUUCAGCUCCUUCUUCAGUCUGCUCCUUCUUCAGUCAGCUCCUUCUUCAGUCUGCUCCUUCUUCAGCUCCUUCUUCAGCCUGCUCCUUCUUCAGUCUGCUCCUUCUUCAGUCUGCUCCUUCUUCAGUCUGUUCCUUCUUCAGUCUGCUCCUUCUUCUGCUCCUUCUUCAGUCUGCUCCUUCUUCAGCUCCUUCUUCAGUCUGCUCCUUCUUCAGCUCCUUCUUCAGUCUGCUCCUUCUUCAGUCUGCUCCUUCUUCAGCUCCUUCUUCAGUCUGCUCCUUCUUCAGCUCCUUCUUCAGUCUGCUCCUUCUUCAGUCUGCUCCUUCUUCAGUCUGCUCCGUCUUCAGUCUGCUCCUUCUUCAGUCUGCUCCUUCUUCAGUCUGCUCCUUCUUCAGUCUGCUCCGUCUUCAGUCUGCUCCUUCUUCAGUCUGCUCCUUCUUCAGUCUGCUCCUUCUUCAGUCUGCUCCUUCUUCAGUCUGCUCCUUCUUCAGUCAGCUCCUUCUUCAGUCUGCUCCUUCUUCAGUCUGCUCCUUCUUCAGCUCCUUCUUCAGUCUGCUCCUUCUUCAGCUCCUUCUUCAGUCUGCUCCUUCUUCAGUCAGCUCCUUCUUCAGUCUGCUCCUUCUUCAGUCUGCUCCUUCUUCAGUCAGCUCCUUCUUCAGUCUGCUCCUUCUUCAGUCAGCUCCUUCUUCAGCUCCUUCUUCAGAGCUCCUUCUUCAGUCUGCUCCUUCUUCAGUCAGCUCCUUCUUCAGCUCCUUCUUCAGUCAGCUCCUUCUUCAGCUCCUUCUUCAGCUCCUUCUUCAGUCUGCCCCUUCUUCAGCUCCUUCUUCAGUCAGCUCCUUCUUCAGCUCCUUCUUCAGUCUGCUCCUUCUUCAGUCUGCUCCUUCUUCAGUCUGCUCCUUCUUCAGUCUGCUCCUUCUUCAGCUCCUUCUUCAGUCUGCUCCUUCUUCAGUCUGCUCCUUCUUCAGUCUGCUCCUUCUUCAGCUCCUUCUUCAGUCUGCUCCUUCUUCAGUCUGCUCCUUCUUCAGUCAGCUCCUUCUUCAGUCUGCUCCUUCUUCAGUCUGCUCCUUCUUCAGCUCCUUCUUCAGCUCCUUCUUCAGUCUGCUCCUUCUUCAGCUCCUUCUCUGCUCCUUCUUCAGUCUGCUCCUUCUUCAGUCUGCUCCUUCUUCAGCCUGCUCCUUCUUCAGUCUGCUCCUUCUUCAGUCUGCUCCUUCCUCAGCUCCUUCUUCAGCCUGCUCCUUCUUCAGUCUGCUCCUUCUUCAGCUCCUUCUUCAGCUCCUUCCUCAGUCUGCUCCUUCUUCAGCUCCUUCUUCAGUCUGCUCCUUCUUCAGUCUGCUCCUUCUUCAGUCUGCUCCUUCUUCAGCUCCUUCUUCAGUCUGCUCCUUCUUCAGCUCCUUCUUCAGCUCCUUCUUCAGUCUGCUCCUUCUUCAGUCAGCUCCUUCUUCAGCUCCUUCUUCAGUCUGCUCCUUCUUCAGUCUGCUCCUUCUUCAGCUCCUUCUUCAGCUCCUUCUUCAGUCUGCUCCUUCUUCAGUCUGCUCCUUCUUCAGCUCCGUCUUCAGCUCCUUCUUCAGUCUGCUCCUUCUUCAGUCUGCUCCUUCUUCAGCUCCUUCUUCAGUCUGCUCCUUCUUCAGCUCCUUCUUCAGUCUGCUCCUUCUUCAGUCUGCUCCUUCUUCAGCUCCUUCUUCAGUCUGCUCCUUCUUCAGCUCCUUCUUCAGUCUGCUCCUUCUUCAGUCUGCUCCUUCUUCAGUCAGCUCCUUCUUCAGUCUGCUCCUUCUUCAGCUCCUUCUUCAGCUCCUUCUUCAGCUCCUUCUUCAGUCUGCUCCUUCUUCAGCUCCUUCUUCAGUCAGCUCCUUCUUCAGCUCCUUCUUCAGUCUGCUCCUUCUUCAGCUCCUUCUUCAGUCUGCUCCUUCUUCAGUCAGCUCCUUCUUCAGCUCCUUCUUCAGUCUGCUCCUUCUUCAGCUCCUUCUUCAGUCUGCUCCUUCUUCAGCUCCUUCUUCAGUCUGCUCCUUCUUCAGUCAGCUCCUUCUUCAGUCUGCAUCUUCUUCAGUCAGCUCCUUCUUCAGCUCCUUCUUCAGAGCUCCUUCUUCAGUCUGCUCCUUCUUCAGUCAGCUCCUUCUUCAGCUCCUUCUUCAGUCAGCUCCUUCUUCAGCUCCUUCUUCAGCUCCUUCUUCAGUCUGCUCCUUCUUCAGCUCCUUCUUCAGUCAGCUCCUUCUUCAGCUCCUUCUUCAGUCUGCUCCUUCAGUCUGCUCCUUCUUCAGUCUGCUCCUUCUUCAGCUCCUUCUUCAGUCUGCUCCUUCUUCAGUCAGCUCCUUCUUCAGCUCCUUCUUCAGUCUGCUCCUUCUUCAGUCUGCUCCUUCUUCAGUCUGCUCCUUCUUCAGCUCCUUCUUCAGUCUGCUCCUUCUUCAGUCUGCUCCUUCUUCAGUCUGCUCCUUCUUCAGUCAGCUCCUUCUUCAGUCUGCUCCUUCUUCAGUCUGCCCCUUCUUCAGCUCCUUCUUCAGUCUGCUCCUUCUUCAGCUCCUUCUCUGCUCCUUCUUCAGUCUGCUCCUUCUUCAGUCUGCUCCUUCUGCAGCUCCUUCUUCAGCCUGCUCCUUCUUCAGUCUGCUCCUUCUUCAGUCUGCUCCUUCUUCAGCCUGCUCCUUCUUCAGCCUGCUCCUUCUUCAGUCUGCUCCUUCUUCAGUCUGCUCCUUCUUCAGCUCCUUCUUCAGUCUGCUCCUUCUUCAGCUCCUUCUUCAGUCUGCUCCUUCUUCAGUCUGCUCCUUCUUCAGCUCCUUCUUCAGCUCCUUCUUCAGUCUGCUCCUUCUUCAGUCUGCUCCUUCUUCAGUCUGCUCCUUCAGUCUGCUCCUUCUUCAGUCAGCUCCUUCUUCAGCUCCUUCUUCAGUCUGCUCCUUCUUCAGUCUGCUCCUUCUUCAGCUCCUUCUUCAGUCUGCUCCUUCUUCAGUCUGCUCCUUCUUCAGCUCCUUCUUCAGUCUGCUCCUUCUUCAGUCUGCUCCUUCUUCAGCUCCUUCUUCAGUCUGCUCCUUCUUCAGUCUGCUCCUUCUUCAGCUCCUUCUUCAGUCUGCUCCUUCUUCAGUCUGCUCCUUCUUCAGUCAGCUCCUUCUUCAGUCUGCUCCUUCUUCAGCUCCUUCUUCAGCUCCUUCUUCAGCUCCUUCUUCAGUCUGCUCCUUCUUCAGCUCCUUCUUCAGUCAGCUCCUUCUUCAGCUCCUUCUUCAGUCUGCUCCUUCUUCAGCUCCUUCUUCAGUCUGCUCCUUCUUCAGUCAGCUCCUUCUUCAACUCCUUCUUCAGUCUGCUCCUUCUUCAGCUCCUUCUUCAGUCUGCUCCUUCUUCAGCUCCUUCUUCAGCUCCUUCUUCAGUCUGCUCCUUCUUCAGUCAGCUCCUUCUUCAGCUCCUUCUUCAGUCUGCUCCUUCUUCAGCUCCUUCUUCAGCUCCUUCUUCAGUCAGCUCCUUCUUCAGCUCCUUCUUCAGUCUGCUCCUUCUUCAGUCUGCUCCUUCUUCAGCUCCUUCUUCAGUCUGCUCCUUCUUCAGUCAGCUCCUUCUUCAGCUCCUUCUUCAGUCUGCUCCUUCUUCAGCUCCUUCUUCAGUCUGCUCCUUCUUCAGCUCCUUCUUCAGCUCCUUCUUCAGUCUGCUCCUUCUUCAGUCAGCUCCUUCUUCAGCUCCUUCUUCAGUCUGCUCCUUCUUCAGCUCCUUCUUCAGCUCCUUCUUCAGUCAGCUCCUUCUUCAGCUCCUUGUUCAGUCUGCUCCUUCUUCAGCUCCUUCUUCAGCUCCUUCUUCAGUCUGCUCCUUCUUCAGCUCCUUCUUCAGUCUGCUCCUUGUUCAGUCUGCUCCUUCUUCAGCUCCUUCUUCAGCUCCUUCUUCAGUCUGCUCCUUCUUCAGCUCCUUCUUCAGUCUGCUCCUUCUUCAGUCAGCUCCUUCUUCAGUCUGUUCCUUCUUCAGUCUGCUCCUUCUUCAGUCUGUCGCUGUACUCGGGAAUGCACACUUUCCACAGUUCAGGAAAGUUUGCUACGGCCACAAUCAGAUUAUCGACUAUACGGUCUUCCAUGUUCAAAAAGGCCGGUUCCGGGUGUCCCCCGAGGUGUAUGUAGUGUGUACGUGGCGUGA